CAAGCUUAAGACGGUAAGCAACUGUGGAGGAGGGAGAAGGUCCCAUCAAAUAUUCAUCAUGGCCACCAUGGCAGCAGCAGCAGCAACUACGGCUGAUCAAGCUUUCGAGGACUACAGCAUCUACAGUGGCUUGUCCGAUGGUGAACUGAUUCAGCUGGCAAUUGAACGCAGCUUGAGUGAUGUCUGCAGCUCUCCCUCAGAGCCCUCACAGAGGUCAUCUUAUUCACCAGCUGCAGAAAGUCAAGCUAUGCCCUUUGAGCAUGAAGCUAUGACAACAUUACUAGAGCUGCAGCAGGAAAAUCACAGAGCUCUGAGACAAACAGCUUUAAACACUCAGAACAUCUCUCCUGCUGCCAACCCACAUCCAACCAACACUCAGAACAUCCCUCCUGCUGCCAACCCACAUCCAACCACCAAUCUACCCAGCCAAAACCAACCAAAGAGUUCACAUAACUGUGCUGGAGACAGAACGAGGGUGUGUUCCUGGACGAAAAGCAAAAAUGGAGGUUUGCAAGUUAGACUGAAACCCAUGAACAUGUCUGCUAUAAACUCAGCCAUCUGGAGGAAUGAUGCCGCAGAACUUCUUGAAGUAUUGCAGCAACAGCCUUCUGAUACUCUGAGUAUACCAAACAAACAAGGCUGGAUCCAUCUGCAUGAUGCUGCACACUAUGGUUCUGAGGAAUGUUUGAGAGUGCUAGUGAACGCCUUUCCUAAACUGAUCGACAAACGUACCAACGAGCUCCAGACGCCUCUGAUGAUGGCUGCCGCAGGCAAAAACCUGUUUUGUGUCCAGUGUCUUCUUGAGGCAGGAGCAGACCCCAACAAAAUCAACGAUGGAGGAGAAUCACCUCUCUACUUAGCUUGUGAAAGAUCAACUAAGGAAAUGGUGCAGUUGCUACUGAUGUUUGGAGCCAAGGUCUCACAAGCCAGCGUGAAAGGAGAGACACCAUUACAUAUAGCCGUGCAAAACCAAAAUCUUGGUAUCUGCAAGCGUUUAGUGACAGCUGGAGCAAACCUAAGAGCCAGGAACACCUAUGGCAUUGAACCACUAUUCGUGGCUGCUCAGAUGGGAGGCCCAGAAAUCUUGAACCUCCUCAUUGAACAUGGAGCCUAUACUGACUGUCAAGCUAUGAUGGAUGGAGCAACACCUUUGUUUGAAGCAUCCAAGAAUGGCCAUGAAGAGGUGGUGAUGCUGCUUCUGUCUAAAGGAGCAAAUGUAAACAAAACAACCAAAGCAGGACUAACUCCUCUACACAUCGCUUCAAAGUAUGGACAUGCUAGAAUUGUGUCCUUAUUGAUUCCACAUACAGACAGAGCGAUCAUGCUAGAGAGUGGCAUUAGUCCACUCCAUCUUGCAGCAGAACAUGACCGAGAGGCAAUCUUGGAGAUUCUCAUCAAUGCAGACUUUGACGUCAACACGUUGCUGAAGUAUGACCACUCCCAGAUCUAUGAUGACCGGUGCAGCUCGGCCCUCCACUUCACUGUACGCAACAGCAACAUGGACGCAGCAUCCACGCUGCUGGAGGCAGGUGCUGACCCCAAUCUGGAUAUUUUCAAUCCUCUACUGGUAGCCGUGAGACAGGGAAAUUUAGACAUGGUCUCUUUGCUGGUGGAGUAUGGUGCCAAUGUGAAUGCCUGUGUGCCAACACUCCCCACUACCUUUCCUGGGGCUCUGCUCUUUGGUAUGAAGCAGUUACUGAUGCUCAAGCUUCUGCUGGACAAUGGAUGUGAUGCCAACGCCUGUUUCUCAUGUGUUUAUGGAGACGGCCCACAUCCUCCCAUUAAGAGCCGGUUUACUUCUAGGGAUGAGCUGGAUCUUGAUGAAAUUUCUCAAAGCGAAGCUGCACAGUUCUGUGAGAUUAUAGCGGAUCCCCUUUAUACCUCUUGGGCAGGACCUAGAAUUGACUGUCUCCUUGAUUACACCGGUCCAGUGAAACUGUGUUCUAGAAUCACAGAACUUCUUGAGAACAACAAGGACUGGGAACACAUCAUAGAAAAAUCAAAGCCACCCGCCUGCCUGAUGCAUCUGUGCCGAGUGACGAUCCGUCAGCUGGUGGGAAGGCAGAGACUGAGGAGAAUGACCAGCCUCCCCCUGCCUGGACGACUCAUCAAGUACCUGUUCUACGACAACAGAGAAUUUGAGAAUCUCUAUUUUGAUUGAGUGUGUAUGAGUGUGUAUCUCUUAAGCACUGUCAUUAUCAGUCAAUAAUCUAACCAACAAAAGCUUGAUUAUCCACAACUUUCCAAAACUCUCCCAAAAUACCUUUCCCAUGUCACAUUUUCAGUCUCCUGUAUUGAUAUAUCACAUUAUCUCCACUGUGAUUACAUGUAUAGCUAACUGCUAGUGUGUGGUUCGGAGACAACUCAAAUCUGUGAAUUUGAUCAAAUUGAUUGCUGGUUGUGUGCCGAUUGUUAAUCAAAAAGCAGAAAGAGGUUUGCCACAGUACUAAUAACACGUUGUCACGACCCCCUGUGCCCCUACAGGCCUCUCCUUGUCAGUGCACGGACAGGGAGGGCCCGAUUAGGUUAAUUGUAUACACCUGCAUUAAGGCGUGGCUAUAUAAGGAGUUCUCCUCUCUUUCUGUUUAGGCACUUUCUUCUCUCUUGCAGACACCCAUUUAGACUUUCUUCUGCACUGGCACUUUAUUCUCUCUCUCCCCUUAUCUCUUAUCUCUUUCUAUUUUCCUUUGCUCAUCAUUUAGUCAUCUUACAUACUAACACUGAUUGCAUUCACGCAUACACGCACACGCCAACACUCAUUUCCCCCUAGACACCUUAUGUUUGG